AUGCGAACAAAUUGCGCUGGUACAAUGAUAUCAGAUAGGCAUGUAUUAACAGCUGCUCAUUGUUUCAUUCGAAAAGAUUGUAAACGUGUUAUAAUAUUUUCGGCACCACUUGAUGAUGUUGCAUGCGUUGCACAACCAAAUGAUAUGAUACCACGUACUUUCAAUUUAUAUUCCAGAGGUUCCGAUCCAACUAAAACAAAACUAAUAACAGCAUUAGCAAAAAUAAAUGUUACACGUAUCGAUUGUAUUCGGGAAAAAUCAAAUCCGGAUGGAAAAGAUGAUCAGUUAUGUAUAUCUGAAUUACAGGAAACAAAUAUGUGUUCGGGUGAUAGUGGUUCCGGAUUAAUGUUCAAAACUGAAAACGGUACAUGGAAUGUUGUUGGAGUUGCUUCCGGUGGAACAGAUUGUCGAAUUAUUAAUAUGGCAAUGAACAUGAAAGAUGAUGUUGACGAUGAGUCAAUAAAUAAUAUUCACUUGGAUGGAGGUAUAUUUAUCGAUGUGCGAGCACACAAUCAAUUCAUCUGUCAAUAUACCGGAUUGUGUUACGCUAAUGAAUUUAAAAAUCGUCAAAAAAUUAAGGCUAUAUUAUUAUGA